AAGACUCAGCAUUCCAGAGAGCCAAUGCUGACCUGAAAUGUUCUUGUUUUCGGUGACGCAAUAGAACAUUUUUUUAUUUAUUUUUUUAAUUUUUGGUCUGAAGCUCACAUCUGAAAACACAGAACCCGGUGCGUCGGGUUUCCUAAGAAAAGGUGUGUGAAAAUUACCUGUCGGACCUGCUCUAUUCAGUGGGAGGGAUCCUGCUGUAUUCACGUCCACACAGGGAACCCUUUCACCAUGAUCUCCAGGAUAAGCAGGGUCUUCUAUCCUUCUAUCCAGCUAUCACCAUGCAGGCUGAGAGGCACGAGGCACAUGGGGUCUCUGGGGGUAUCAGGAGACAAAGUGGAGAACAGGAGUAACCUAAAGACCAUCGACGACUUGCCGGGACCUAGCCAACUGGAAUUGAUCUACUGGGUGUUCCUGAGAGGCUAUCUGUUUCACAUGCAUGAACUAGAGGCAAAACUUAAAAAGAAGUACGGACCAAUAUGGGUGUCUACCUUGUCGCAUUAUCGCACGGUCAAUAUCGCUGGCCCUGACAUCUUGGAGACUCUCUUAAAGCAGGAAGGCAAGUACCCAAUGAGGGCCACCAUGGAUCUAUGGAAGGGACAUCGAGACCUUCGGGGUCAUUUCUACGGACCGCUGAGUGAACAGGGCCAUCGAUGGCAAACCCUGCGCUCAGUGCUCAACCAGAAGAUGCUGAAGCCAACCGAUGCAGUGCGAUACAUCGACACACUGAACGAGGUGGUCCCUGAUCUGCUGGACAAGAUCAGAGAGCUGAGAGCAGAGAGUCAGUCGGGACUGGUGGUGACAAAUGUGGCUGGACUGAUGUAUAAGUUUGCCUUUGAAAGCAUCUGUGGGGUAAUAUUUGAGACCCGGCUGGGCUGUCUGAGAAGGGAGGUUGCAGAUGAAAUUCAGAAACUUAUCAGCUCGGUUGGAAUCAUGUUGGAGAACGAGGUGGUGAUUGAGCGGCUACCUCCCUGGACCAGAAAUUGGCUUCCUUACUGGGGACGUUUUGUCGAGGCCUGGGACGCCAUCUUUGCUUAUGGGACGAAACUGAUUGACAAGAAAGUGGAAGACAUUGAAGGACGCCUCCAAAGAGGAGAAGAUUUGGGAGGAGCCUAUCUCACUCAUCUGCUGACCAAUGGGAAGCUGGACCUGAAGGAGGUUUAUGGGAUAAUGCCGGAGAUCCUUCAAGCUGGGGUGGACACGACAUCAAAUACCUUGACAUGGGCCCUGUACCUGCUGGCAAAGCACCCAGAGAUCCAGCAGAGUCUCUAUGAGGAGGUGGUGAGUGUUAUCCCUGGAGAUAAAAUUCCCUCCCACGAGGAUCUUGCUAGAAUGCCACUGCUGAAAGCCGUCAUCAAGGAAACCCUGAGGAUGUAUCCGGUGGUUCCACAAAACGGACGUAUUAUAACAGAUAAGGAGAUAGUCCUAGAAGGAUACAUGUUCCCUAAAGAUACGCAGUUUGUACUUUCUCACUAUGUUCUGUCUCGCGAUGAGGACAGCUUCUCUGAACCCGGCAAGUUCCUGCCCCAGAGGUGGCUGCGCAGCUCUGAGAAGAAUCACCACCCUUUUGCCUCUAUCCCCUUUGGGUACGGGGUCAGGGGGUGCCUGGGGCGCCGGGUAGCUGAGCUGGAGAUGCACUUGGCUCUGUCACAGAUGAUCAGACAAUUCCAGCUGCUGCCAGAUCCAGAAAUGAAAGAAGCGAAGACAAAGAAUCGGGUGGUUCUCGUGUCAGACAUUCCAAUCAAUCUGCAGUUCAUCGAUCGCCAAUAAUAGAUUCGGGGGCUAAAUAAACCUUUUCAGGGAAACUUGUGAAAUAGGAAGUAAGAUUUUAUCCUGGAAAUAAAUCUGACAGGCUUGUCUAUCAGUGGUCUCCAA